AGAAUAGCCGGUAUUUAUAUGCCAGCAGAUGUGAUUUUUCGACAGUUGCCGGUAAUUGGGCAAGAGAACUGAUUCAAUCGAAGAUGCAAGAUUUUAAGUUGUUAAUUUGGGUCUUCGCUGCCCUUUAUAUGGCGAAUGGGGUCCACUCAGAAGGAAUAAGUGAGGAUGUAACAACCACUGACACCGUGGAAUUCGUUAUCGAAUCAGGGAAAGACGGUGAUUCAGAAGAGGGCUCUACGCUAGCCCCCUCAAUUCAAUGGCCAAAUUUUGAGAGCCGAUCGGCGGAUGCUGCCACCGGAAUGUACCUAGAUACUUCUGAAGAAAACAUUGCACUAUGGCUGACAGACAGCAGUCUGUUUAAACAAGACACCCCAAUUUACUCACUAGUGUCGGGAGACUCCGGUCCAAUUAUAACAAAAUAUUCUACGCUGGUGGAAGUCUUGGAAGGAUCCAAAGACUUCGAAAAGGGUGCAGUACUAUUAUCUAGUCAGGAAAGGGAUAACAGCUCGGCAGGAACUGAAAGCGUUUCCUCGAAAAUUCGGGGAAUCCCAUGGACUCCUGAACCUCUUACAGACGAACUGACGACCGUACACCCUUCCACGAGUGAUGAAUCUUCUGAUUUAUCAUCGACGGGAAGGCAAGGAGUCGGUGAAUGCUCGAGGCAUCAUAGGGAAUGCAUUGAUCAGUGCGGUGAUCUUUCGAUGAUCGAUGAGAAUGCAGAUGGAGAAUGUGGCGUCUGUCGGCGACUGGCCAGCAAUAUCUUCUCUCAAUGUCCUUUGAGGCCUGGCACUAUAUAUCCUCGACUAUUGGUCGUCGUUGAUUACAGUUAUUACGUAAAAUUCAAUAAAAGAGAUAGUGACAUCAUCACUUACCUGCUGGGAUUUUGGAACGGUGUAGAUUUGAAAUACAGAUUUUUCGAGAAUCCCAAGAUCAGAAUGAAUAUCGUGGGUAUUGUGUUAACUAAGGAUACCGAGGCACUGCAUUACAUGAAAACUCGUUCUAGCCAGAGGGUAGAUAUUGAUGAUGCAAUGAACCAAGGUGGACACUAUUGGUAUGCGCGGAACGCUAAUAUUCCAAUUGACAGCUACGAUGUGAUUGUGACAAUGACAUCAAACUAUUUAUGUGAGUUUGCUUCCUCUGCUUUCACGAAGGGAAAAUAUUGUCGACAUCUCUCUGAAGGGGUUGGAGAAUCGAGCGGAGCAUGCGCGGCUUCCGAUGAUCGUCUUUUAAAAUUAGCUAUCGUUAACGACAACGCCGAAUUCAGGGGAAUUAGGACAGCGGCUCAUAAAAUUGGUCAUACAUUUGGUAUUGACCAUGACAGCAUUAACGGGGAAAAUGGAUGCUCCUUCGAUAAUGAGUACGUAAUGGCGUCUGAUGACAGUCUAUCGGAACAUCAGUCAUUAUGGUCCAAUUGCAGUUUGCGAGAUUUCCAAAUUUUCCUCGAUGAGAACCCAACCUGCUUCAACAAUAAAAUGGACAGGCGAGAAAUUCUGCCGGUAUAUCUUCCUGGGAAAAUUCUGGACGUUCAGGAGCAAUGCCAUAGAAACAGAGCACUCGGGGCCUGUCACAUAGACGCUUCAAUCUGCCGGUCCUUAAAGUGUAAAUACGGUACUAGGGGCCAUUGCGCCAAAGAGUUCUACUCUGCUGCUGAUGGAUCAACAUGUGCAACCGAAAAAAUUUGCUUAAAUGGAAAAUGCGUUGACGAUCCGACUGUAGCCCCGUUGAUGUGAAUCAAAUGACUCCAUGAAUUGGCAUAUUAUGUUUAUUCUUAAAUGAGAUUCACUUUAGGGACCAUUUUAGGGUUCAACAUUGUGUUAAAUUGAAAUCCUCCAUGAACGAGUAGAAUAAAGGAUACAUAUUUGCAUA